UUUAGAUUAGAGUAUUAUGCUUUUAACUCAUAUAUUAUAGAAUUGUCAGAUUGUGUAGUGUCUAUUCUGUUCUAUAUUCUAUUGUCUAUCGUCUGUUAUAAAUAUUAAUUAUUAUUUGUGGAUUCUGGACGACGAACGUCGCACUUCAUUAUUAUUGUUUUCUGUUUCCAUCAAUUUUAUUCUUUCUAUUUUUUAUUAGUCUUUUAAGCACAAAAUUCAUUAUUUAUAUAAAAAUAAAUACAUUUAUUCUUAGUAUAUCCGCUUUUKUAUUCUGUGUAUUUAUCAUCGACUACAAUAUAGUUGUGGUAUAAAUUAUAUUACAUUAACGAAUGUUACAAAAAAAUAUAAAAAUUAAGCAUACCUAUAUCUGUCGUCAGUCGCAGUAAGUUUCUCACAGCAUUACUUUGGACAUUUGUUGUUCACAAUGGCCGGAUUAAAAGUUUGAUGAGUUUGGCUUUUGCUGGUUCCAUUGGUAUGACAUUAGUCAUAUUGGCAUGUGCGUUGCCAGAUUUAAAUUCUUGGUGGCCAUUCAUAGUAGUAAUAUUUUACCUGCUGGCACCAUUACCGACCAUGUUGAUGAAACGGUUCAAUGAUUACUCAGGAUCUGGUAAUGCYAAUAUGGAUUUAGCUGUAUUUAUUACAAUGGGUAUAGUGGUCUCUUCAUUUGCAUUGCCCAUAAUAAUGGCUAGAGUUAAUGCUAUUGCAUGGACAGCCUGUAAUUUUACAUUGUGUGGGAACAUAGUCGUGUAUUUGACAUUUAUAGGAUUUUUCUUAACUUUAUAUCAAGAAGACACUGAUUAUAGUUUAUGAUAAAAUACAAGUUACUAGAUGGAUCAAAGGAUUUUCCUAUACUUUUUGAUAGAAACAGCUUUUAUUUUUAUUGUAAACUAAAUUCACUUAAGAUUAACAUAUUUUUAAACCUAACUAUUAUACAAAACUAUGA